UUGAUGGCACUUCUGCCAAAAGCACAGCUCCUCCUCUCCAUUUCUGUAUCCAAAACAAGAUAAAAAGCUAACAAAUAAAGGCCUCCAUUUCCUUCAACCGACGAAACGACUUUUCUUUAUCUCUUUUUUAAAGUAAAAUUCAACAAUAAUUAUCAUCAUCAUCAACAAUAACAAGAACUCUAACAAAAACACAUACCUAUUUGUUAAAAUCUUGAGUUUUUUCUUUGUAAAAGAAGAAAAAAAGAGAAAAAGUUUGAGUUUUCUUGUUGAUUUGUGAGCUUUUCUGAUCUGGGUCGAUGGCGGAAUCGGGAAAUAAUAAGACGAAAUCAUCAUCUGGGUUGAUGUCCUUCAAUCGGUCGUUUAGGAUGCAUGCAACCACAGCUGAAUCCAAUCCCCCCAAAGUUCAUCUUCUUCUCAACAAUCCAUCGUCUCUUAAUCGAGCUGCUUCCAUUUCCAAAAUUUACAAUUCAAUCGAUUCCGUCACAGGUAAAGUUAAAAAGCUUCGUAGUUUAUUUGAAUCCUCAAAAUCUUCAUCAUCGUCAUCGAACUUAACCAGUCCGAAAGAACCUUCCCAUGUUGUUUUAAGACCCACGAAAUCAAUUGGGUAUUGUUCUUCGUUUUCUUCGAGCUUUAAUAACCCUUUGAUAAGAUUACCUGGAACUGAAGAUCGAAUUGUUGUUUAUUUAACUAGUUUACGAGGUAUUCGAAGGACUUACGAGGAUUGUUAUGCUGUUAGGAUGAUUUUUAGAGGGUUUAGAGUUUGGGUUGACGAAAGAGAUAUUUCCAUGGAUGCAGCUUAUAAAAAAGAGUUGCAAAGCGUUUUGAAAGCCAAGAAUGUGAGUUUGCCUCAGGUUUUUAUCAAGGGAAAGCAUGUUGGUGGUGCUGAUGUGAUUAAAAGCAUGUUUGAAGUUGGGGAAUUGGCUAAGAUUCUUGAUGGGUUUCCAAGGAGACAACCUGGGUUUGUUUGUGAAGGUUGUGGGGAUAUCAGAUUUGUGCCAUGUGGGAAUUGUAGUGGGAGUCGAAAUCUGUUUGAUGAAGAUGAAGGGUUGCUUAAAAGAUGCUUGGAAUGCAAUGAAAAUGGCUUGAUUCGGUGCCCAGAUUGCUGCUCUUAAAACUUUGAUUGCUACAGGUUGUUAAGGUAUAUUCAGAAGCUCAUUUUAUCCUUUGUUAACAUCCAUGAUGCGGAUGAUGCUUUAAUGUGUUUGGUAUGAAACAAUUCAUUAGCAUGGAGCUGAUGACUGUUUGUUGUCUUGUUCAACUGGAUGUUGAUGAUAAUAGUGUAAUGUGAUCAAAAUGCCAUAUUUGGUUUGAGCAUUUUGAUUGUCAAGGGGAACAUUUAUUUCUCCUAUAUGGUAUUGUAAAUAUUUAGUGUCAUCUUAAUGUAAUUUACUCGCUAUGUUGCAAAUGAGAGAUUGCAAUGAGAAUCAAUAGACUAUUUAUGCUUUA